GGGCUGAGGAGAGCAGUGCAGGCUGAGGGGGCGGGGAGAGGCCGCCUCCCUGUUUCUGUCGUCAACAAGCCCAACAGCCUGCUCCACUUACAGGCCAGCUAAAACAGGACAGCCGUGGUUGGCCAUCCAAAGCCCUAGGGAGGACAGAUGUAUGACAUGAUGUAGGCGGGGCUUCCAGAUGGGCCAGACCUAUAUGGGAUUUAUCACUUGGUGAUGCCCAGCUAGAGGCUAUUGGCUGAAUGAAGCCGGCCUGGGAUCUGUCAGAUGGGCCAGGCAGAAUUGUCUGUCAAUCAAAUGCUGGUGUCUUCUUGCAGCCAUGUUGUGGGAAGAAGGCUACAAGGCCCAGCCUUGGGAUCCUUAGGCCAACAGGUGGAGCUGCCUCUGAGGCCUCCCUGCCGAGGCCUCCCUGCUGCAUGCUGGGACCAUGAAUAAUACAACUUGCAACAACAUCCUGUGGCCUGGUCCAGUCAACAACGUUUUCAUCGUCUACUCGGCCUUGCUGCUGGUGCUGGGCCUGCUCCUCAACAGCGUGGCACUCUGGGUAUUCUGCCACCGCAUGCACCAGUGGACGGAGACCCGCGUCUAUAUGACCAACCUGGCCGUGGCUGACCUCUGCCUGCUCUGCUCCCUGCCGUUCGUGUUGUACUCCUUGAAAUACGAUGUUUCGGACACACCCAUCUGCCAGCUCUCACAGGGCAUCUACCUGGUCAACAGGUACAUGAGCAUUAGCUUGGUCACCGCCAUCGCGGUGGACCGCUACGUGGCAGUGCGGCAUCCCCUGCGUGCCCGUGAGCUGCGCUCCCCGGGACAGGCUGCUGCGGUGUGUGUGACCCUCUGGGUGAUCGUGAUCACCUCCCUGGUAGUGCGCUGGCGCCUGGGGGUGCAGGAGGGUGGCUUCUGCUUCGGCAACCAAGGCCGGCACAACUUCAGCACCUCCGCGUUCUCGCUGCUGGGAUUCUACCUGCCGCUGGCCAUCGUGGUCUUCUGCUCUUUGCAGGUCGUGACUGUGCUGGCGCGAAGGCCGGUCACUGAUGUGGGGCAGGCGGAGGCUACCCGAAAGGCCACUCAUAUGGUCUGGGCCAACUUGGUCGUGUUUAUCGUCUGCUUCCUGCCCCUGCAUGUGGUCCUGACGGUGCAGGUCUCCCUGAACCUCCACACCUGUGCUGUCCGCCACACCUUCAGCCGUGCCCUGUCCAUCACCGCCAAACUCUCAGACACCAACUGCUGCCUGGAUGCUGUCUGUUACUACUACAUGGCCAAAGAGUUCCAGGAGGCCUCCAAGCCGGCCACGUCCUCUACCAAACCCCACAAGAGCCAAGAUUGUCAGAGCCCGAGCCUCACCUAGGAGUGAACAUGUGCCAAGGGCCAGAGGAAUCGGUGAUAUGAGCAAGGAGCCCCCAAAUCAGCCUGAACCUGCUGUGGGAAUUGAGCACUCUGGGUGACCCAGUUGGCCUAGAGAGGCUACAUCUGCUCCCCUGAAAGGACCAGAGUACUGAGACUCUAACGUCCGACUUGAGGGACCCUGAACUAAGACCACAUAGCUGCCACUCCAGAUCUAGAACCACUGGGUACCAGAAUGGGGCCAUGAUGGCUAGCCACCGAGUUUAGGAUACAGCUCUCCCCUGGAGCUGGUCCUGGCAAGGUCCUCUGUCACUCAGACGCAAGUGGUGAGAGGCAAAGAAGGGACAGACAGACAGCUCAAAGAGCCAGAAGACAUCCUCCCAGAGGACCCUCUAACGGCUGCUUCCUGUUGGGACCUGUAAACGGCAUGCCUCGUGUGGGGUUAGGCAACAGGGCAGCAGCUGUGAUCUGGAACGCUGUCCUCCAAGGCCCCUGGCUGUCCGUAUUGCUCCAGCUCUGUAUUCUGAGGGUCCCAGCUCAGGAGGCCCAGAGGUCAUAAAGCCGCGCUCAGCAGUAGCACCACUGUGGCAGUCCUGAGCCCCUCGCUGCCAUUCCCAUUCUAUAGUGAGCCGGUUGAUCACGGAGGCCGGUGCCUGAGGUGGUGGUCUGCUGGAGUCUGCAGCGAGGAAGACUGAAUGACCUUUGGUUUGGCACCUGUGCUCUCUGAGGAUGUGGCCCCAGGUGGCGAGAGGCUCAGGAGUUAAAGGAUCAGCCACAAAGUCAGGUGUGGCUGCCCUGGGCUUCUUCCUCUGUGCUUUGUUUUUUGUCUUGGCCCAAAUGCCACAGCCUUACUCCGAGCCAGAGCCCCUCCAGCUUAGGGGAGUAGGGGAGGCUGGCCCUCCCCACUCUCCACCCCCACUUCAUCCAAGGCCUACUACUGCCUAACUGACCCUCCCCCCCCCCUUUUAGUAUGACCUAGUUCACAAACACCAAAAGUCUGUUCGUCCUCCAGACACCAAAGAAAGGAUUCCAUCCGAGUAUAAAUUGGUGAACCAGUUUAUUGGCGUUAUUUACAAAAGCUUGGUGACUCUUGGGGGCUCCCUCACUGACAAGCUCUACUCAGCAUAGGUGACAAUCCCCAAACUGCACCACUAGAUUACCAAUCCCCAGUAAACUUCCAUGCCAUACACACCCGGACACCAGCUCCGGUCAGAAUGCGGCUAGAGUAUGAGGAAGGCGCGGCUGCAACCCCAGGGGUGCGAACCCUCAUCUCCCUGUCAGAGAAUACUAACAGCUUCCUGAUUGGUAGCCUAUUUCUCCCAGGAGUAUUUUGCUUGUUUCGUUGGCAUGACUGUGGGCCUAGGUGUUGAGUGAUCAGAGCAGAGCUUUUCCUAUUUACUGCUGCUGAUCAUCCUAAUUCAGAGGAAAUGGCUUCUCCAUCACACUCAUGCACUCUCCCUCCGGUACUCACAUCCCCUCCACCCUCUCUUCUGUAAUAUUAUUAUCUGACCCUUCACCUUGGAAGGGAUGGUGUAUCUAUAUAUGAUAUCAAAAUAUAGGACAUACACGCAUGUGCCUAUGGGUUCUUUUCAGAGUCAUAUGCCUCUAGACUUCAACUACGGACAGCUAUUCUUAGGAGUUGGAGGGCAUCGAUCGAAACAAAGCAUCAGGAGGGGGAGAAAUAGAUCAUUUGGGGGCCCCUGCAGUGCCCCCUAGUGUGCAGUAGUGGGUUCCUGGCCCACAGUACCAGGAGAACACCCUGCCUUGAUGCAGACAGCACUCUACCUUCCUCUGGUAACCUCAGCCCACCAGAGGGGAAAAUCCCAUGUCCCCCACAGGCUAGGCGUGUCCAUCUGUCCAGAUGAUGCAGAAGACCAGGGUGGAAAAUGAAGGACAGUCUUUAGCUACAAAAGCUGCAAAAUUAGCACACACACACACAUACACACACAAAAUGAGAAAGUUAAAUGGCCCAUCUGGCAAAGGUACCAGCCACCAAGCCUGACUACCUGAGUUCAGCCCCAGGAACUAACUAAUGUGGUAGGAGAGAACCCUAUACCACAAGUUGUUCUCUGGCCCCAACUCAUACUCCAAAUUAAAAAUAAAUAAAUAAAUGUAGGGCUGGAGAGAUGGCUCAGUGGUUAAGAGCACUGACUGCUCUUCCAGAGGUCCUGAGUUCAAUUCCCGGCAACCACAUAGUGGCUCACAACCAUCUAUAAUGGGAUCCGAGGCCCUCUUCUGGUGUGUGUGAAGAGCUACAAUGUACUCAUAUAAAUAAAAUAAAUAAAUCUUAAAAAUAAAAACCUGUUAGCAAAGAGGAAGGCUGAGCCCCCAUACCUCCACUGCCCAAGGCCAACUAGAACUGGUGUCAGAGGCACUGGAGUUGGUGCUGGGACACUCCAGAACAUCUGAAGGUAACCUGUGACUUGUUAAAAACUGCAUUUGACAAAGCAUUCAUGAGAAAGCUCAUGCUAUAUAAAUAACUUCCCCAAAGCCCACUCUGUGUACUGGCUAGUUUUGUUUUGUCAGCUUGACAUAAGCUAGAAUUCUUUGAAAAAAGGGAACCAACCACAAUUGAGAAAAUUCUUCUAUGAGACUGGCCAGUGCGCAAUCCUGUUUCUUUAAUGAGUAAGUGAUAUGGGCUCUGUUCAUAACAGCCAGAAACUGGAAACAACCUAGAUGCCCCUCAGCAGAAGAAUGGAUAAAGAAAAUGUUCUACUUUUACACAAUGGAAUAUUACUCAACCAUUAAAAAAUGGCAUUAUUA